AUGGUCCUUCUCAGAGCAACGGAUCAUAUUAUUGCUGCCCUUGAGGCAGUCUCGGCUUCUCGCCGGGAAGAGCUCGAGCUCCCUGCCACGCUGGAGCUUCACGGGCCGAUUGCACAUGAGCAGCUCCUCCGUCUAUCGAAGUACCUCAGACAAGACGCCGAAUACAAUACGUCACACAGCAACAGCCAGAAUCUAACAAUCCUCACCUAUCUUCUUCGCGGCACAAAAGUCUAUGUUCCGCCUCCACCAAAGAAACCAGAGCCGAGCGCGGAAUAUCUCGCCUCCAAGGCACGCCUUCUUGCCGCGGCCGAACAAGCCGAAUACCAACGCCUUCUUAACCCAACCUAUACCCUCGGCCCGGAUCACGCAGACCCUUAUUCCGCCGACAAUGCGCCUGCCUUCUCCGAAGACCCUCUCACCCCAUCCCUCGUCCUAAAUAUCUUUCUUUCGGUCAUUAUCACCGGCUUCAGUGUCUACUGGGCCCUGACGAAGUUCACGAUGCCGCAGAUCCUCGCCACGAUAUUUGCAAGGUGGACCGGGCCGCGUGUUGAUGAUGAGUAUCGACCGGCUAGUACGUCGGAUGCGGUGCGGGUGCUUUUGUCGCUUUUUGCGGCCUUGGCGGUUGCUGUUGCGGAAUCUUUCUUGUAUGUCUUUUAUAUUGGGAAGAUUGAGAGGGCCAGGGGUAAAGAGAGGAAGUUCAAGGAGCGGAAGGUCUUUGUUAAAGAGGUUGACGGUGAUGCGGAGACAGUUGAGGAUGUCACGGUUAGUGUUGAUGAAAAGGAGAAAAUAUGGGGCAAGGGUGUCAAUGGAGGUGUAAGGAGGAGAGUACGAGAGAAAUGGGAGAAGGAGAAUGAUAAUGAUGCUCAAGGAGAGAGCUAG